AUGGGAGACGGUCUGGAAGUCCCUCAAGAGCUUGUGGGCUCAUCGGCCUUAUACAAUUCUCCUGAUCCCCUGUUGAGACGAUUGCGAUUGCAAGAUUCCAACGGUCAAGAUAUACUGGAUUUGAAUCGAUACUUCAGACACAAAGAGGUCUUAGUCUUGUACGCUGGUUCAGAAGGGGGUUCAUCCAUAGCAAAUCUCAAAGAACUACAUAGGGACCUGUCGACACUCGCCUUCAAGGAGAUAAAGACAUGCGCCAUCAUCUACAUUUCAACCGAUACCGAUGCAUCAGCGAUGCCACGUAUCACCGCCAAUGUCCCUUGGACACGAAUGAUCUUUGCGGACAAUUCAGAUUUCGCUCCGCCCGUACGGUUCUCUGAAAGCCCAAAGAUUGUCGAGAUUGAAGACGUGGCUAGGGGAGAGGAUUUCAUACAGGCGGGGGAGAUCGAAGUUGGUGCUGAGAAAAUCGAGUUUGGACGAGAAGAAUUCCAAUUCGACUACGUUCGCCCUUUAUCAAGAGCUGCCGUCACUGCUCUCAUGCACGCCUAUGCGACACCGAGCAUUGCCAUUUACCAUAUCCCAUCACAUCAAAUUUUAUCUCGCAACGUCAGGCCAAGUGCCUUUACACCCUCAAAUAUCGGCAAGAACUACCAUACGUGGCGAAACGGAGGAUCUCCGUCGAUACGUGUGAUAGAUAUCCUAGCCCGUUUAAAAUGGUACUUGUUCAUCCUGUUCCUGUCAUUAUCGUACCGCCUUCUGACCCAUUUCGGUGGAGAUCAAUACAAUUUCAUACCUCAAUUCAUGGACAUGAUCAGCUGGCGAGGUCCGCAAAAUGCAGGUGUCAUCUUGUAG